AUAAGGAUAUCCAGGUUAUGAAACACGAGUCUUUAUAAACAGCGAAUCUUUUAUUUGAAGUUCAAAACUUUGUAGGGAAUUACAAACAUUUGAAGUCUUUGGAAACGUUUCUACCUUUGGCGUGAGUUUUAUGAUGAAUAAUCUUUUACUGCUAUUGGUAGUGAUAAAUGCAACGUGUUUUGUAGAAGCGCGUAAAAGACAUUAUUACUACGAUUCAAAAAGCAAGCCAAGUCCACAAUAUAUUGACAAAAUCUAUUCAUUUGAAUCAAAUAACUAUCCACAACAUAGAAUUGGUGUGAGGAGUGAUGCAACAGCAGCUAUUAUUUUAUAUGGCAUUGAGGAAUUCCGCAUUGUUAAAGCGUUAAAUGGGAGAGUUGAUUCAAUUUCCAUACAGUCUUUAUUAGACAGCAACAAGUAUUUACGGCAUCAGAAUUUUAUUCUCAAACUGCAUUCAGUAGAAAACUCUGAACUCUUUAAAAACGAUGCUUCAUUUAUCAUUCAUAAUGAUAAAUAUUACUCAAACUACAUUUCACUUGAAUCCACAAAUUAUCCUGGUUAUUUUGUUAGACACCAAGACUAUACUUUAAAAUUACAUAAAGAAGAGCCUUUAUCAGAACUUUAUAAAAGAGAUGCUAGCUUCAGACUGGUUCAGCUUGGAAUUACUCUUAUUGGAAAACAAUUUUCAUUUCAAUCUAUCAACUACCCUCAAUAUCAAAUUGGCAUUAAAAGUGAUGGUACUGCAGCUAUUGUUUUAAAUAGCUUGGAUGGAUUUCGCAUUGUAAAAGCACUUAAUGGGCGGGCUGAUUCUGUUUCUUUUCAAUCAAUUAAAGAUGGAAAAAAGUAUUUACGUCAUCAAAAUUUUGUUCUCAAGUUGCACGAAGUAGAUCUCAUUUCCGAGUUGUUCAAAAAUGAUGCUUCUUUUAUCAUUCGCAAUAAUUAUUAUUUCCCAGACUAUGUUUCAUUUGAAUCCACAAAUUAUCCUGGCUACUUUCUCAGACACCAAGAUUAUACUAUAAAAUUGCAUAAAGAAGAACCUAAUGUCGAACUUUACCAAAAAGAUGCAAGUUUCAAGCCUUUGCAGAUAGAACUUUCAUCGAUAACAACACGAAUUGAAGAGGUUACUUCGGUCGAAGUAGAAAAGAAGUUAAGCUUUAUUGGUCAAGCUUUUUCGUUAGAAUCAAUCAACUACCCACAAUAUAGAAUUGGUGUUAGAGAUGACUCAUCUGCAGCUAUACUUUUGUUUGGUGUUGAAGAGUUCCGCAUUGUCAAAGCAUUGAAUGGAAGAGAGGAUGCUGUUUCUCUUCAGUCAGUAGUAGAAAGCAACAAGUACCUGCGUCAUCAAAAUUUUAUUCUCAAGUUACACUCAAUAGAUAACUCAGAACUCUUCAAAAACGAUGUUUCUUUUAUCAUUCGUAACGAUAAAUAUUACACCGGCUACAUUUCAUUUGAAUCUACAAAUUACCCAGGUUAUUUUCUCAGACAUCAAGACUAUACCGUGAAAUUGCACAAGGAAGAGCCAUCUGUGGAACUGUACAGAAAAGAUGCAAGCUUUAAGCUCGUUCAGUUGGGUGUUUCUCUUAUUGGAAAGCAAUUUUCGUUUCAAUCUAUCAACUACCCGCAAUAUCAAAUUGGCAUUAAAAGCGACGAUACUGCAGCUAUUGUUUUAAAUAGCCAGGAUGGAUUUCGCGUUGUUAAAGCUCUUAACGGCCGAGCUGAUUCUGUUUCCUUCCAAUCGAUUAAAGACGAGAAGAAGUACUUGCGCCACCAGAAUUUCAUUCUCAAGUUACACCCUGUUGAUCUCAGUUCUGAGUUGUUCAAAAAUGAUGCCUCUUUUAUUGUUCGUAAGGGUUAUUAUUUCCCAGGUUUCGUUUCGUUUGAAUCCACAAAUUAUCCUGGCUACUUUCUCAGACACCAAGAUUAUACUAUAAAAUUGCAUAAAGAAGAACCUCUAGUUGAACUCUUUAGAAAAGAUGCAAGUUUUAUGCCGUUGCAACUGGAAAUUUCAUCGAUAACAACACGAAUUGAAGAGGUUACUUCGGUCGAAGUAGAAAAGAAGUUAAGCUUUAUUGGUCAAGCUUUUUCGUUAGAAUCAAUCAACUACCCACAAUAUAGAAUUGGUGUUAGAGAUGACUCAUCUGCAGCUAUACUUUUGUUUGGUGUUGAAGAGUUCCGCAUUGUCAAAGCAUUGAAUGGAAGAGAGGAUGCUGUUUCUCUUCAGUCAGUAGUAGAAAGCAACAAGUACCUGCGUCAUCAAAAUUUUAUUCUCAAGUUACACUCAAUAGAUAACUCAGAACUCUUCAAAAACGAUGCUUCUUUUAUCAUUCGUAACGAUAAAUAUUACACCGGCUACAUUUCAUUUGAAUCUACAAAUUACCCAGGUUAUUUUCUCAGACAUCAAGACUAUACCGUGAAAUUGCACAAGGAAGAGCCAUCUGUGGAACUGUACAGAAAAGAUGCAAGCUUUAAGCUCGUUCAGUUGGGUGUUUCUCUUAUUGGAAAGCAAUUUUCGUUUCAAUCUAUCAACUACCCGCAAUAUCAAAUUGGCAUUAAAAGCGACGAUACUGCAGCUAUUGUUUUAAAUAGCCAGGAUGGAUUUCGCGUUGUUAAAGCUCUUAACGGCCGAGCUGAUUCUGUUUCCUUCCAAUCGAUUAAAGACGAGAAGAGGUACUUGCGCCACCAGAAUUUCAUUCUCAAGUUACACCCUGUUGAUCUCAGUUCUGAGUUGUUCAAAAAUGAUGCCUCUUUUAUUGUUCGUAAGGGUUAUUAUUUCCCAGGUUUCGUUUCGUUUGAAUCCACAAAUUAUCCUGGCUACUUUCUCAGACACCAAGAUUAUACUAUAAAAUUGCAUAAAGAAGAACCUCUAGUUGAACUCUUUAGAAAAGAUGCAAGUUUUAUGCCGUUGCAACUGGAAAUUUCAUCGAUAACAACACGAAUUGAAGAGGUUACUUCGGUCGAAGUAGAAAAGAAGUUAAGCUUUAUUGGUCAAGCUUUUUCGUUAGAAUCAAUCAACUACCCACAAUAUAGAAUUGGUGUUAGAGAUGACUCAUCUGCAGCUAUACUUUUGUUUGGUGUUGAAGAGUUCCGCAUUGUCAAAGCAUUGAAUGGAAGAGAGGAUGCUGUUUCUCUUCAGUCAGUAGUAGAAAGCAACAAGUACCUGCGUCAUCAAAAUUUUAUUCUCAAGUUACACUCAAUAGAUAACUCAGAACUCUUCAAAAACGAUGCUUCUUUUAUCAUUCGUAACGAUAAAUAUUACACCGGCUACAUUUCAUUUGAAUCUACAAAUUACCCAGGUUAUUUUCUCAGACAUCAAGACUAUACCGUAAAAUUGCACAAGGAAGAGCCAUCUGUGGAACUGUACAGAAAAGAUGCAAGCUUUAAGCUCGUUCAGUUGGGUGUUUCUCUUAUUGGAAAGCAAUUUUCGUUUCAAUCUAUCAACUACCCGCAAUAUCAAAUUGGCAUUAAAAGCGACGAUACUGCAGCUAUUGUUUUAAAUAGCCAGGAUGGAUUUCGCGUUGUUAAAGCUCUUAACGGCCGAGCUGAUUCUGUUUCCUUCCAAUCGAUUAAAGACGAGAAGAAGUACUUGCGCCACCAGAAUUUCAUUCUCAAGUUACACCCUGUUGAUCUCAGUUCUGAGUUGUUCAAAAAUGAUGCCUCUUUUAUUGUUCGUAAGGGUUAUUAUUUCCCAGGUUUCGUUUCGUUUGAAUCCACAAAUUAUCCUGGCUACUUUCUCAGACACCAAGAUUAUACUAUAAAAUUGCAUAAAGAAGAACCUCUAGUUGAACUCUUUAGAAAAGAUGCAAGUUUUAUGCCGUUGCAACUGGAAAUUUCAUCGAUAACAACACGAAUUGAAGAGGUUACUUCGGUCGAAGUAGAAAAGAAGUUAAGCUUUAUUGGUCAAGCUUUUUCGUUAGAAUCAAUCAACUACCCACAAUAUAGAAUUGGUGUUAGAGAUGACUCAUCUGCAGCUAUACUUUUGUUUGGUGUUGAAGAGUUCCGCAUUGUCAAAGCAUUGAAUGGAAGAGAGGAUGCUGUUUCUCUUCAGUCAGUAGUAGAAAGCAACAAGUACCUGCGUCAUCAAAAUUUUAUUCUCAAGUUACACUCAAUAGAUAACUCAGAACUCUUCAAAAACGAUGCUUCUUUUAUCAUUCGUAACGAUAAAUAUUACACCGGCUACAUUUCAUUUGAAUCUACAAAUUACCCAGGUUAUUUUCUCAGACAUCAAGACUAUACCGUGAAAUUGCACAAGGAAGAGCCAUCUGUGGAACUGUACAGAAAAGAUGCAAGCUUUAAGCUCGUUCAGUUGGGUGUUUCUCUUAUUGGAAAGCAAUUUUCGUUUCAAUCUAUCAACUACCCGCAAUAUCAAAUUGGCAUUAAAAGCGACGAUACUGCAGCUAUUGUUUUAAAUAGCCAGGAUGGAUUUCGCGUUGUUAAAGCUCUUAACGGCCGAGCUGAUUCUGUUUCCUUCCAAUCGAUUAAAGACGAGAAGAAGUACUUGCGCCACCAGAAUUUCAUUCUCAAGUUACACCCUGUUGAUCUCAGUUCUGAGUUGUUCAAAAAUGAUGCCUCUUUUAUUGUUCGUAAGGGUUAUUAUUUCCCAGGUUUCGUUUCGUUUGAAUCCACAAAUUAUCCUGGCUACUUUCUCAGACACCAAGAUUAUACUAUAAAAUUGCAUAAAGAAGAACCUCUAGUUGAACUCUUUAGAAAAGAUGCAAGUUUUAUGCCGUUGCAACUGGAAAUUUCAUCGAUAACAACACGAAUUGAAGAGGUUACUUCGGUCGAAGUAGAAAAGAAGUUAAGCUUUAUUAGUCAAGCUUUUUCGUUAGAAUCAAUCAACUACCCACAAUAUAGAAUUGGUGUUAGAGAUGACUCAUCUGCAGCUAUACUUUUGUUUGGUGUUGAAGAGUUCCGCAUUGUCAAAGCAUUGAAUGGAAGAGAGGAUGCUGUUUCUCUUCAGUCAGUAGUAGAAAGCAACAAGUACCUGCGUCAUCAAAAUUUUAUUCUCAAGUUACACUCAAUAGAUAACUCAGAACUCUUCAAAAACGAUGCUUCUUUUAUCAUUCGUAACGAUAAAUAUUACACCGGCUACAUUUCAUUUGAAUCUACAAAUUACCCAGGUUAUUUUCUCAGACAUCAAGACUAUACCGUGAAAUUGCACAAGGAAGAGCCAUCUGUGGAACUGUACAGAAAAGAUGCAAGCUUUAAGCUCGUUCAGUUGGGUGUUUCUCUUAUUGGAAAGCAAUUUUCGUUUCAAUCUAUCAACUACCCGCAAUAUCAAAUUGGCAUUAAAAGCGACGAUACUGCAGCUAUUGUUUUAAAUAGCCAGGAUGGAUUUCGCGUUGUUAAAGCUCUUAACGGCCGAGCUGAUUCUGUUUCCUUCCAAUCGAUUAAAGACGAGAAGAAGUACUUGCGCCACCAGAAUUUCAUUCUCAAGUUACACCCUGUUGAUCUCAGUUCUGAGUUGUUCAAAAAUGAUGCCUCUUUUAUUGUUCGUAAGGGUUAUUAUUUCCCAGGUUUCGUUUCGUUUGAAUCCACAAAUUAUCCUGGCUACUUUCUCAGACACCAAGAUUAUACUAUAAAAUUGCAUAAAGAAGAACCUCUAGUUGAACUCUUUAGAAAAGAUGCAAGUUUUAUGCCGUUGCAACUGGAAAUUUCAUCGAUAACAACACGAAUUGAAGAGGUUACUUCGGUCGAAGUAGAAAAGAAGUUAAGCUUUAUUGGUCAAGCUUUUUCGUUAGAAUCAAUCAACUACCCACAAUAUAGAAUUGGUGUUAGAGAUGACUCAUCUGCAGCUAUACUUUUGUUUGGUGUUGAAGAGUUCCGCAUUGUCAAAGCAUUGAAUGGAAGAGAGGAUGCUGUUUCUCUUCAGUCAGUAGUAGAAAGCAACAAGUACCUGCGUCAUCAAAAUUUUAUUCUCAAGUUACACUCAAUAGAUAACUCAGAACUCUUCAAAAACGAUGCUUCUUUUAUCAUUCGUAACGAUAAAUAUUACACCGGCUACAUUUCAUUUGAAUCUACAAAUUACCCAGGUUAUUUUCUCAGACAUCAAGACUAUACCGUGAAAUUGCACAAGGAAGAGCCAUCUGUGGAACUGUACAGAAAAGAUGCAAGCUUUAAGCUCGUUCAGUUGGGUGUUUCUCUUAUUGGAAAGCAAUUUUCGUUUCAAUCUAUCAACUACCCGCAAUAUCAAAUUGGCAUUAAAAGCGACGAUACUGCAGCUAUUGUUUUAAAUAGCCAGGAUGGAUUUCGCGUUGUUAAAGCUCUUAACGGCCGAGCUGAUUCUGUUUCCUUCCAAUCGAUUAAAGACGAGAAGAAGUACUUGCGCCACCAGAAUUUCAUUCUCAAGUUACACCCUGUUGAUCUCAGUUCUGAGUUGUUCAAAAAUGAUGCCUCUUUUAUUGUUCGUAAGGGUUAUUAUUUCCCAGGUUUCGUUUCGUUUGAAUCCACAAAUUAUCCUGGCUACUUUCUCAGACACCAAGAUUAUACUAUAAAAUUGCAUAAAGAAGAACCUCUAGUUGAACUCUUUAGAAAAGAUGCAAGUUUUAUGCCGUUGCAACUGGAAAUUUCAUCGAUAACAACACGAAUUGAAGAGGUUACUUCGGUCGAAGUAGAAAAGAAGUUAAGCUUUAUUGGUCAAGCUUUUUCGUUAGAAUCAAUCAACUACCCACAAUAUAGAAUUGGUGUUAGAGAUGACUCAUCUGCAGCUAUACUUUUGUUUGGUGUUGAAGAGUUCCGCAUUGUCAAAGCAUUGAAUGGAAGAGAGGAUGCUGUUUCUCUUCAGUCAGUAGUAGAAAGCAACAAGUACCUGCGUCAUCAAAAUUUUAUUCUCAAGUUACACUCAAUAGAUAACUCAGAACUCUUCAAAAACGAUGCUUCUUUUAUCAUUCGUAACGAUAAAUAUUACACCGGCUACAUUUCAUUUGAAUCUACAAAUUACCCAGGUUAUUUUCUCAGACAUCAAGACUAUACCGUGAAAUUGCACAAGGAAGAGCCAUCUGUGGAACUGUACAGAAAAGAUGCAAGCUUUAAGCUCGUUCAGUUGGGUGUUUCUCUUAUUGGAAAGCAAUUUUCGUUUCAAUCUAUCAACUACCCGCAAUAUCAAAUUGGCAUUAAAAGCGACGAUACUGCAGCUAUUGUUUUAAAUAGCCAGGAUGGAUUUCGCGUUGUUAAAGCUCUUAACGGCCGAGCUGAUUCUGUUUCCUUCCAAUCGAUUAAAGACGAGAAGAAAUACUUGCGCCACCAGAAUUUCAUUCUCAAGUUACACCCUGUUGAUCUCAGUUCUGAGUUGUUCAAAAAUGAUGCCUCUUUUAUUGUUCGUAAGGGUUAUUAUUUCCCAGGUUUCGUUUCGUUUGAAUCCACAAAUUAUCCUGGCUACUUUCUCAGACACCAAGAUUAUACUAUAAAAUUGCAUAAAGAAGAACCUCUAGUUGAACUCUUUAGAAAAGAUGCAAGUUUUAUGCCGUUGCAACUGGAAAUUUCACAAAUUUCUAUAGAUUCUUUUGAAUCAAGCAGUUAUCCUCAACAAUUAGGUGGAGUCUACUCAUUAGAAUCAAACAACUAUCCACAACAUCGAAUCGGUGUGAGAAAUGAUGAAACAGCAGCUAUUAUUUUAUAUGGUAUUGAAGAAUUUCGCAUUGUUAAAGCGCUUAAUGGACGAUUAGAUUCUAUUUCACUUCAGUCUUCAAAAGAAAGAAACAAAUAUCUACGACAUCAGAAUUUUAUUCUCAAGCUACAUCCAGUAGAACUAAGCUCUGAACUAUUCAAGAACGAUGCUUCAUUUGUUAUUCGUGAAAAUAAAUAUUAUCCAGGCUAUGUUUCGUUUGAAUCUACAAAUUACCCAGGCUACUUUCUCAGACAUCAAGAUUUUACUGUAAAAUUGCAUAAGGAAGAACCAAAUGUUGAACUCUACAGGAGAGAUGCAAGUUUCAAACUUACACAGUUAGGAGUCUUACGUAUCGGUGACGAAUACAUAUUUCAAUCUAACAACUACCCAAAAUAUCGAAUUGGUAUUAAAGAUGAUGAUACUGCAGCUAUUCUUACAAAUAGUUUGGAUGAGUUUCGUGUUGUUAAAGCACUUAAUGGACGAGGCGAUUCUGUUUCCCUUCAGGCAAUAAAAGAAAGCACAAAAUACUUACGUCACCGAAAUUUUAUUCUCAAGCUUGACGUACUUGAUCUCGAUUCUGAGCUGUUCAAAAACGAUGCAUCUUUUAUUAUUCGUGAUAAUUACUAUUAUCCCGGCUUCGUUUCGAUUGAAUCCACAAAUUACCCCGGCUAUUUUCUCAGACAUCAAGACUAUACAAUAAAAUUGCAUAAAGAAGAACCUUUUGUUGAACUCUACCGAAGAGAUGCAAGCUUUAAACUGGUGCAAUCGGAUCUUUGUAAUUAGACGGAAACAUUUUGAUUCACACAUUUUUUUUACAAAAUUUUUCACACAUUUUUGUACAAAAUUUUAAUGAUUGAAAAACAAACUAAUAACGCAAUGUUACCUAUCCAACCGAAGAUACUGCCACCCACAUACACACCGCCAUUCUUACGCACAACCAUACGCACUCUUUGUAUACCUCUUUUCUCGUAUACCGCAUACCAUCACUAACCUGUACAACACUCUAUUUAUCUAUUUAAAUUCCCUCCCCUUCUCCUCCCUCCCCACACACACACACAUAUAACAUACUACUUCAUGUUUCAUAAUACUUUUAUGACAUUAUACCUACCCAACAUGUUUGCGAUAUUCAUCUAUCCGCCUAAAUACCGUCAACUUCACAACCCCUUUCUUAAAACAAGAGACUGUUUUAUAAAUCAAUAAAGUUAAUAUUGUAUUUUCUAUUUUUCAAUAAUAAGCAUUGUUCAAAA